AUGAUGUGCCUCUUGUCUGCACCUUCCCAUGAUCCUGAAUGUCAAAUUCUCUUUCUAAUUAAAGAGACUGAGAAUGUCGAUGAGGACGAGGAUGAAAACGACGAGGAUGUGGAUCUGGAUGAUGAGAAUGGUGUGGAUGUGUAUGAUGAGAACGAUGAGGAUGAUGAGAAUGAUGUGGAUGUGGAUGAUGAGAACGAUGAUGAGAGCGAUGAGGAUGAUGAGAAUCCGCCUACUCUUUACUUUUGCAAGCCAGAUAAUGAUUCAGGAAGAAUAACCGUUACACUAAUGGCUAACGAAUUUCCAAUUAUGUUCGGAGGAUACUUGGACAUGAAUCGCUUUGAGAAGUACAUCAUUCAAUCCUCCAACGCAAGUGAUGAUAUGUUAUUUUAUGUUCAUUUGUAUUUUAACGGGAAGGACCAUGCAAUGCCAUACCACUUUCAAUACUCAAAAGCUGCAAAACCAAACAGAGCUUUUUUAGGAGCCUUUUUGAUCUCUGCAGAUUCUGUUUUUUCAGCCGAAAGAUGGAGUUGGAAGAAAACAACAAUGCUCAACCUCCUUAUUCUGCCCAACACCCUUGGCUUCUUAUUUGUCAUGCUCCCACCACUUCCUGCUAAGUGCGACAUAUUAAACUGCCUCUUGUCUGCACCACCUCAUGAUCCCGAAUGUCAAGUUAUCUUCCAAAUUGAGACUACUCUGGAUGAUGAUGACACUAAUGAGGAUGAGGAUGAGCAUGAGAAUGACAACUCUGAUGAGCAUGAGAAUGACAACUCUGAUGAGAACUCAGAUGGGGAUGAGAACUCUGAUGCGGAUGGGGAUGCAGACUCUAUUAAUGAGGAUGAAAACGAUGAUGACGAUGAGGAUGAGAAUGAGAAUUUGCUUACUUUUUACUUCUGCAAACCAGGUUAUAAUGAAGAAUUUCAUAAACAAGAUGUCCAAUCAAUUAUUGGAGAUUGGCGUCUUGGAAUCUGGACCGUUUUCAAGAGAAAAUUUUAUAUAUUAAUCGGGAUGCAAAAUAUUCUAACUUGUUUGGAUAUAGAUAAUGAUUCAGGAAGAAUAACAGCUACACCAAUGGAUAACGAAUCUCCAGAUCUGUUGAAAUCAUAUCAUCCUUUUUAUAAGGAUUACCUCAUUCAAUCCUCUUCUAACGAUAUGUUGUUAUAUAUUCACUUGAUUGGUAACGGAAGAGAGUUUGAAAUGCCAUACCACUUUCAAUGGAGCAACACCAUUAGGAUCCUGGUUGCUACGGACUGUCACUUGGGCUAUAUGGAGAAGGAUGAAGUACGUAGGCAUGAUUCAUUUCAGGCAUUUGAAGAGAUAUGUUCAAUCGCGGAGAAAAAACAGGUGAGAUCGUGUUGGUUGUUUCUGAUUGCAAUGAUGAGUGGUGGAGAUAAGAUGGGGGCAUGCUGUGACUUUGUGCUUCUUGGUGGUGAUCUGUUUCAUGAGAAUAAGCCAUCCAGGGCAACACUGGUGAAAGCCAUUGAAAUUCUUCGCCGCUAUUGUCUCAAUGAUCAACCGGUGCAAUUCCAAGUUGUUAGUGACCAGACAGUGAACUUUGCUAACCUAUUUGGUCAUGUAAAUUAUGAAGAUCCUCACUUUAAUGUGGGGUUGCCUGUUUUCAGCAUUUAUGGCAAUCACGAUGAUCCAGCUGGUGUGGACAACCUAUCUGCAGUUGACAUCCUUUCGGCAUGCAAUCUUGUCAACUAUUUUGGUAAAAUGGAUCUCGGUGGUUCUGGUGUUGGACAGAUCGCUCUGCACCCUAUUCUUAUCAGGAAGGUCUGCUUGUGGAUAUCUUCAAUAAGAGGCUUCUGUGUUUGA